UCUGGUGAUUACUAAUGGCGGAACAGGAGCGAGAGAGAUUAUUAGACGGACACGUCGUCCCCUCCCCCCCCCCCCCCCCCCCGCGCCCACCAAUCGCAUCCACGCACGCCGCCCACGCUGCGGCCUCUGCGGGCGGAGAGGCAGAGAUCUGAAUGAUUGCUUGCCUGCUUGCUUCUUAUCUUUCCUCUGCCGCUUUCGUCCAAUCCGCUGGCCGUGCAGCGAAUCCGCGCAUUUUUUUCUUUUUCCUUUCUGGUGAUGGGAGUUGUUUUAGUUCUUUGAUUUCCGCCGUGGAUUCGCCGCUGAUUCUUGGGAGGAUUGGAUUUGGCGGCCAUGUGAUUUGGUCUUGUUUGAGCGAGCACAGUUUGGUGCAGGUGCAGGGAGGGAGUUCGUCGUGUUUUUUUUUUUUUUUGGGGGCGAAUUCUUGAUUGUUUUGGGGGGCUUCUUCUUCUUGCUUGGAGGAGCAUGCAAGAGGAAUAGCAUCCUUGGAGGGAUUUUUUUUUUUUGUUGGAGAGGUGAGAUUGUUAGGAGGUGGUGGUGGUUCGGCCAUGGCGUCGAGGGACUUCUUGGGCGUGUUCGGCGGCGGCGGCGGCGAGAGGAGGGCGGCGAAUGGGUCCGGGAGCGCGGUGGGCGGCGAGUCGGACGAGAUCGAGCUGAGCCUGGGGCUGUCGCUGGGCGGCCGCUUCGGCACCGACAUGUCCCCGGACGCCAAGCGCGCGCGGCUGGCGCGGUCAUCGUCCAUCGCGUCCGUCUGCUCCGUGUCCGCCGCCGACGGCGACCCCUCCCCCGCGGCGCCGCUGCCGCUGCUGCGCACCAGCUCGCUGCCCACGGAGACCGAGGAGGAGCGGUGGCGCCGCAGGGAGAUGCAGAACCGCCGCCGCCUGGAGGCCCGGCGGAAGCGGCUCGAGCGGAGGAUCUCCGUCGGGUCGUCGUCGGUCCCGAACAAGCCCGGCAGGGAGGACGGCGGCGACGGCGCCGUUAACAGGUUGCAGCUGAGGAGGUCAAUCGGGUCGCAGGGGAGCAGCUCGGCCAACCCGCAGGAUCAAGGUCCUGAUGGAAGUGCAAUCUGCCAAUCCACGGAGGCGAGAAGCCCAUCAACCUCUGAUGAUACCAACCAAAACAGUGCACUUCCUCCAACAGCAUCAACUGGCAAGCCGCUAAACGGCACCGUGACACAGCAGUCCCCGUUGCGAACGCUUGGGUCACUGACAAUGCGGACGAGCAGCACUGGCGACAUCGGGAAGAUCAUGAUGGACAUGCCAAUGGUGUCUUCCAAGGUGGAAGGGCCCAAUGGUAGGAAGAUAGAUGGCUUCCUGUACAAGUACAGGAAAGGUGAGGAUGUGAGUAUAAUGUGUGUCUGCCAUGGUAAAUUCCAUAGUCCUGCAGAGUUUGUGAAGCACGCUGGAGGGGGAGACGUCUCAAAUCCGCUUAGGCAUAUCGUCGUCAAUCCCUCGCCAUCGGUGUUCUUGUAAUCACAACCUAGGGAGGUUUUUCUUCACAUUCUUUACCUGUUGAAAACCUGUAACUUGUGUUUGUAACUUCUGAUAAACACCCUGUUUCCGUGCGUGCAACGGAACGAGGGUCCAAGCAAAUUUACCAAAUUGUGAGAAUAGCAGAGCAUGUUCAGAAGAAAUGUCAUAUGCAUCUCGAUUGAUAUGUUAA